CUACCGCUUUUAAUACUCGAAGAAAAAAGGCAUGUCUGAUCAUAUCAGCACAUCAUAAUCCCCAAUCAAUAAGUGAAUUAGUCCAAUUCAAACAUAUAGCGAAACCAGAGUAUAUUAUGGAUCUAAGUGGCCGAAUAUUGGUUUACUUAGAGCAACUCGAUGACUACAAUGCCAUUAUACUUGCAACCAAUGCUGAUUUUACUAAAGCUUAUAUUAAGGCUGGAAUUAAGAAAGGUGCUAAUAGACCAAUGGUUUCUGAGCAAGAUCUCAAUAAUGCUCAGGGUUUGAACCACCGGACCUAUCUCUCCAAACCGAAAGCAAAACAAAUACAGGUCCCUUCCGCUGUAUCUAAUCAGAGACAAGGAUAUAUAGAUUUAGCACGUGCUCAACAAGGGUUAAAGCCGGAAGAUCUGCUUCCAGAUUUAUAG